AUGCCGCACAAGCACAAGAGGAAGCGUGGAGAGGACCCAGACUUCGAUCUCCCACCCAGCCAGCGUGCUCGUCCCCUCCCCGUCGGUGUCAAGGGCAAAACGCCGCCACAACCCAAACCGAAAAAGCAAGCACGCUUCGAGGACAAUGAUGCACCCAGAGCUUUCCGACGAAUCAUGGCCGCAGCCCAAGGCAAGAAGUUUCCUGGUGGUCUCGACGACGGCCAGCCAAAGGGAAAGAAGACACCGGUCGCGAAGUCCGAGACAAACCCCGAGAAGCUGGCCAUUCGACCAGGCGAAGAUCUGCGGUCCUUUUCUGCUCGUGUCGAUGCUGCACUUCCGGUUUCUGGCCUGAAGACGAAGACCGUCGUCAAGGACGGCAAAGAUGAGCAGGGAAAUAAGGUCUGGCGGACCAGGAAAGAGUUGAAGAUGCACAGGCUUUAUGAUCAAUGGCGUGCCGAAGAACGAAAGGCAAAGGAACGGCACGAGGAAGAACUAGAAUUGGAAGCGGAGAAGGAAUUGGAGAAUGACGGCGAGGGUAUCACUUCGUCAUCCUUUAUGAAAACCCUAGAUGAGGCAGGGGAGCACAAGGGCUCGAGAAGAAAGGGCAAGAAAGGUCGCGCGAAAGAGAAGGAGGAAGAUCCAUGGGCAGCUCUGAAAAAGAAACGGGCAGAGGCCAAAAUUGGGCUACACGAUGUGGCACUGGCACCGCCCGAACUGAAUAAGAAAAAGGAGCGGCAAUUGCAGGUCAAAGAAGGGGCAAUGGCUGAUGUUGAGGGCAUCCCAAAGGCUGCUGGCAGUCUGCGACGUCGCGAGGAGCUCCAAGCGGAAAGAGACGCGGUGCUGGAAGCUGGUGAAAAGGGUUGCCCGGUGCGGAAAGUGGUUGAGACCAUCGAGGCAAAACUCGCGGCGCCCUCGGACAUCGCUGAAAACCAUGACAGCACAGUCCGUAAAGAGGCAGAUGUCCACUCGGUGACAACUAUUUGGAGCUGGCUAGUUGCGAGGCCAGAUAUCUCUGUCGGCCCCGAGAGGAGCUAUAACCAUCUUGCGCUGCCCGAAGUGCGGGCACUGUGCUUGCAAACGCCUAUUGAUUACCGCUUUGAGGCACCGGCGACGAAGGGCGCAAAAAACAGUCCCCAGCCAGUGAGAGGGUCGCCUUCGCAGAAUUCAAGUGGCCAUGUCACCGCGGAUACUUCCGCUGCUGCUUUCGAGGUUGUUUCCAUGGACAGUCACAGCCAUCUCCUCUCGCCUACACAGCAGGCCGAUGCGCACUCGCGAGAUCAGCAUGCGGACGAUGUUAGAGUGUUCGCCUCGGAAGACAGGAUGUGGGAGUGUAUUGCUGGACACGCGGUUGAUCACAAACGCCUUCCGCGACUGGAGUGGACCUGUCUCAUGGGUAUUGCUUCCACGAUGACCGAGGGUAUUCUACAAGGCGAUUUGGGACGCCUCGUGGAUCAAGACAAGCGCUCUGUACCCAAGCGAACUGAUGUGCUAGACCAGAAGGGCUAUAUCACGAAAAGAUCUGCCUUGUUGCGAGGCACAAAAACCAGCCGUCUGUGGCUCCAUCGUUUCGCACCGGGCAACAUCGAGAAGACGAUUGGCGAAGAAGUUGAACGUGCUGAAGUAGGCCUGGACUUGUCACAGAAAAACCUGGCCGAAGACCUUGAGCCGGUGUCAUGGUCUGACCGCUGGAAGAACGACAACCCCGAUUACAUCUCCCUGAUCAGAACAAUCAUGGCCAUCACGAAGUCUUGGGGUGUCAUUCGCGGUCUGGACUUGCGAAGGAAACUCGACGUUAUUGGCAUGCCCUGGCAUAUGAAAAUGGUAUCUCAAUGCUGCCGCUUUCUCCACGGGCGAGGUUGCCUGCUCUACGUGGCCGCGCAGCACGAUGUUGGCGAGCAAGUUUACAAAGACUGCAUACAGUUCGUGAGGGACGUAGAGUCCUCGGAUUACAGAGUAUAUCUCGCAACAGGCAGUCGUAGGCCUGAAUCCAGCGGUGCGGCGAACACUGCGGAGAAUGACGACGCGGAAGGGCCCCAGCUCAGAUCAACUCUGCAAAACUCCUUUCCCCCGUGGUCUGUAGACGAGCCAUUUGGAAACUUCUGGGUCAGGAUGGCCCAGGCCUGUAAUGGGACAGGCGUGGCCAAUCCGGACGUUGGCACGUUCAGUAUGGGACCUGGCUUCAAUCGGUACAUUUCUUCGACUACGCAUCUCACAGCUGGAGCUAUGGCCCAGCCCUCAUAUUUGCAGCAUUUCCAGGUGACAGAGGAGCUUGUCAGGACCGGUAAGAUUGCAUCGUUCCGAUAUGUCGUGCCCGAGCGCGUGUGCGCGACCUCUCAGACGGACGAAAACUUUGGAUUCACUCCUUUCGCGCCCAAGAAACACGAGGUCGACCAACUUGCAUCACUGAGCAGGCUAGGUCGGAGCACGAUUGUCCGAGGAAAGAACCGGGGCAAGCCUAAGCUCGAGAGGAUGCUUGCCGCUGUCGGAAAAGCCCACCAGGAUGAUGCAAGGCGACCGUCAAUUGCAAUCAGCAAGGUGGAAACACAGGCUGAAAAGGCAUCUCCACUGAUUGUGACGCUGAAAGUCAGACCGCAAGUCCUUGAAAGGAUCGCCCUCGCUACAGCCUCGCGCUCAACGGUCUGUCCACAGGCAGAAGCUGAUGCCGGCCCAGUCAGACUUAUCCCUGGGGAAUCGGCCAGUAUACAGCAGCAGGCACUGAACCCACACAGCGCUGGUGAAACGCUUGAAACACCAGCGGGGAGCCGGUCUGGUAUGGCAACAAGUGAGUCAAACAGUCUGGGCGCUGUCGACCAAGAUUUAGCGGCGACAGUCUCUCCGCGGGGACGCCCUGCCAGCGAGAAACCGCCGCGAGUGACAGGCGUGCGCGGGCGCGGACGUGGUGCCAGGGGGCGUGGACGAGGUGGUGGCGGCCGCGCCACAGGCUCGAGCGACAUGAAGCCUUGGAAAUGUGAAAAGUGUGGGGGUGCGUGGAAGAAUGAUAUCGGUCUCAAGUACCACCUCGAAAAGGCCAGGGUCCCUUGUAACGUCAAUUGGGAUCCGGCUGCUGAGGCAGCUCGAUUGAUCGAGCGGAAGAUGGAGGCACAGAAGACGAAGGCAGCAAAAGUCCAGAGGCAGCUCGCAACAGCGCCCGCGCAGCCAGAUGAGGCGCAUAUCGAUGCAGCUGCCAACUCUGACACAUUGGACGGCAUCGCAAAGCGAAGAAAAAGAGUACCUCGCUACGCCAGCCCCCCUUGUAGACGGUCGUCCAGCGCUGCGUCAGUUGAGGACGAUUCCUCACGGAAGGUUUCCAUAACAAAGAGAUUUCAGGUCGUCAAACUGGAACGGACGGUGCCAGAUGGCGCGGCAAGGAAUCCCAUACUGCCUACGCAGGGCCUCUUGCUCCCUCCUGACCGACUGCGUACGCGGACCGUCGCUGACCUUGCGCUUGGCCCCGGCCUUUCGGCAAUGAACAUUACGGAAACAGGCCGCGAGCGCUCCAGCUCCCCGUGGCACAAUGUACCCCAUCAGCCACCCACCGUCGGGUAUCCGAGCGAAGAGGGCACGGUGGCAGGUCAGGAGGUGCAGAAGCGGUAUUUCUCCGGCCAUCAUGGCAAGCUCAAUCGGCUAGAGGGGAGGCUCCUCAACCAGAAGGAGCGCAAUGAGCGAACCUCUCACUUGGUCAAGAUUCUCUUACGCGACCAUGAUGGCGUCUUCCCGGGAGGGGAGGCUUUGUGGCGAGCCCUGCGAGUUUUGUGGGAUCGAGAGUACCGGCACGAGGUUCCUCGCGUCCAAUGCCUUACCAACCGAUCUUUCUGGGGCUCGGUGGUAGCUAUGAUCCGAAAUAUGGAGGUUGCGGAACACUGGCAUGUUUUUCGCAGAGAUGACGGCAAAAUCGCAAAGGUGCAGACACUGACUUCAACUGGCGAGGACCCCCUAUCCCCUAAAGUCGUGAGCCUAGUGGAACUGAUGAAGGACCGAUAUCCGGAUCCCUAUGUGCCGGACAGCAUUCGAAACGCCGAGGUCACAGUUCUGAAGAUCAAUGGUUAUGCAAUUCCUUCGAGGAGGCCACUGCCUACUUUGGUUUCAAGAUUAGAGGCGCCUGUAUAUGCAAAGCAGCUAGCAGCCAAGCGCCUGAAAGAACACGAGCAGGCUGACGCAAAGAAAACAAAUCGCCCGCGAUGGUCGGUAGGCGCUCAACGCAAGGUCCCUGCAGGUAAACUGGGAUGGGUAGACCACCCCAACAGCAAGCCUUGGUCAACUGAGGACCCAGAAGCUGGAUCAUCUAGCGUUGUGACAUUCCUCGACCCCAACACGUAUCUUGAAGAUGAAGCCCCCGAUCACCGCCCCAAGGAGAGUCGGCUCGUGGACGCGAAUGCAACCAAACGGAUUGAGUGGCAUCGAAAAAGGUUGUUUGCUGGUGACACUUGCACCACCAACCCGGUCGUGCCAUCACUGAUCUUGGAGGGCAACGGGGAAGGUGCUUGGGAAUUCCUCGGGUUGAAGUUCUUCGAAACAAGCCACGCUAGUUUCACCCUUGACGGCUGGAUGCCGUCCGCAACGUGGUUCAAAUGGGAGGAAUUUGCCUGCAGUAUUGAUAUGCGGACCGGCGCUAAAGCACCAAAGGGAUUUCAUCGAUAUGAAGAGCGAGACAAGAAGUGGUCGAGAGCCAUGGAUCGUAUUCAUGCCAUCUACGAGGCAGAGCAGAGCAACUAUUAUCGGGCUAUCAAGGCCGCGCCUGGCGAAGCUGGGCCGCACAACAUCUUUGUCGAUGUCAUUGGAGACAGCGGACCAUUGGACUCGAACUUUGAUCCCUCGCGGCUGGAAUAUGCUGAACAAUUAACGUUGGCCGAUGGUCAAAAGAUACAAGAUGACGCUCCAGACAGCGACUCGUCGGAUGGCAACGACGAUGGUAUCGCUUUUAUCAAAGGCUUGGCAUCUCCCUUUGUCAGUGCCGAGGAAACACGUCGGAAGAAGGGAGCGCUCCGUGCUGUUCGGAGCGACCGCGGAAAAGGGGUUCCUCACCAAGUCGCAAGUCCCCGGCCAGAGCGCGCCAAGUUCGUUCCCCUCAAAAUGCGGCAGCUCACUGCGCUGCCCAGCCGCGUCAAGCCCCAGGCUGUGGAAGGCGGAGAAACGGUUCAGCAUGAUGAACCGAUUCCUAAUCCAAAGGAAGUGCUUGCGGCCUUUGUCGCCGUGCGUGCCCUGCUGGGUGGCGUCGACAGAUUCAUUGACUGGGGCAUCUUGGUCGACCUUUUCCCAGACAUUGAACUUGCUCGCCUCAGGAGGUUCUGGCUAGCUACGCAGAAAGCGCGGGGGCCCUUCAUCGCCGAGUUCAUGCAUGACUUCCAAGACCGAUACAUCGCAGCUUGUGAGCGUGAUGAGCUGCCUCUCAUCGACUAUGAACAUGCUGCAGAUUACGACUGGCAAGGCCUGGUGAGAUGGACGAUGGAGAUUCCGGCACAAAAAGAUCAGCAUUUGCCCCCGACCAUGGAGAACCUCGAUAACAGUUUCGUCCUGAAAGAUGCCGAGAAGGACAGUGAUGACUGGAAGGAAAAGUACUAUCAUGUCGCGACGUCCACCCUCGCCCGACUGGAGUUUCUUUCUUCUGAAGCAGCCGCCAUCAGUGGCCACUCAAGGUCUCGUUGCGUAGACAGAUAUCAGCCAGCGCGAUCAUGGAUGCGUUCUCUGUGUAUCACACCUGCUUCCGGUACUCAAGCUGCUGCGGCCAUGCGCAAGAAACUUCUCGAGCUCGGAGGGGGCAACCAGUCUGAAGUUUCUCAUCUGCUGAACACGGCGAUCGAUCAACUCUCUGAAACGAAAGUUCUCAAAAAGACCAAAAAGAGUACCAUUCCUGGUGGUGUCGAGUACAGAUUGUCAGAGCCUUACACCACCAGCCUCGCCCGCCUAUCACAAAUGCGAAAGUACAAGGAAGCCCAAGUAUUCAAAGAAUCGUUGGACGCGGCGACUCGGAAAGGAGAGAGCUUUCCAAUCUCCUAUACGCUUUCAGACGGUGCCAUGAUGGCGGUCAUGAACCUGUCAGCCAAUGGAAGAAUACGUGUGCGGUCCACGGAUGUGCCUUACAUACCAUUUGGUUUUAUUCCCGGAAACUACGAAUCGCGCAAGAUGCCCAAGACCAACCUCCACUUUGGGAUCGCGGUUGAAGCCACGGAGGAUUAUCUUUACAACCAGGAUAUCUCUCUUCUGCGCCACGUUAGGAACGAGGAGCCGCCGCGGGUUGGACCAGCGAAAGCAAUACCUCAGUGGAUUGACUUUUGGAAUCGGCCCCAGCUCCACAGAUGGUGGGAGGUACUUGCCUCUGUGCUCUUCCUGUUUUCUACGCGAGGUGAAAUGUCGGAAGACCUGCUGGUCAAAGCUACGAAACCUGUUCUGGAACCUUUUGAGGCAGAUUUGAUCUUGGAUUGGUGUGUUGAGAAAGGCCUCCUAGAAAAUGGAGAAGGAGAGCUGAGAUUGGCGGAGUGGUGGUGGUUGGCAGUACCAAUGUCGCAGAGAUGAUCGCGCCAGUGGUGAUCCAAAAUAGUAAUAUUCCGCUCAAAGAAAAUGCAAAAGUUCCAAUACCAACGCUGUUCCCGUUGCCCAUUCUAAAUCAACCAUCGCCAAGCUUAGUAACGGUUUCCCUCCAGAGCAACACGCUUGCGAGACGACACGCCGUCGAUCGAUGCAAGGUUUCCCUCGAAUGUGAACAACCGAAA